AUGGGAAACAUCCAGUUUCAGGUGCAUUUUCAACAAGAAGCCCAAGUGAUUAGGCAGGGUAAGCUUACUCCGCGCAGCAACCCAGAUGAGUGGAAGACUAUUGUUGCGGGUAGAUCUAUGGACGUCAAGAAAUUGCUCAAAAGACCAGUUGUUGAGAACAGUCUCUACUUUAUUGCAACCUGGUUCAUUGGAGACGCAGUGUCACAUUCGAAUAGCACUAGGCAUGAGUUGGAUGAUUUAACAAAAUCAAUGAGACAAAUGACCACGGUGUUUGAAAUAUUUCAACAACCCUCGAUUGGGAUCACUUGUUUAGUUUUCCGUUCCAAAUGCAGUGGAGGCGUGAAAAAUUUAUAUGUCACAAGUCAUAUACUCACACAGUUUGAAUACUUUCAAAAAUUUGAGUUUGGUGCUCUCCCCUCCAUCCUAUGUAUGUGUAUAAAGACGUCUUACCUGACGGGCUAA